GACCCCUACCCCUAUCCCACCAGCCCCAACGUUCUUCUCCCCGCCCCCCAGGCUCCUGAUCCCCUCCACCGCGGCGCUUCCCCUUCUUCUUCUUCAGUUGUCUCCCUCGCCGCUUCAGGAGGCCACCGCGUAAUCAGAGAGAGAGAGAGAGAGAGAGAGAGAGAGAGAGAACCCUAGCGUCCGAUCCCCCAAGCCCUAGGCCUACAAUUCCGCAUCCACCCAUGGCGCCCGACACGGGGACGGUGGCGGCUGCGGCGGCGAUCGACGAGGCCUACGAGUUCUCCGCGCCGAGAUUCUUCGACUUCAUCAACGAGGAGACGGAGGAGGCCGUCCGCGCCGCCGAGAGCUGGUUCGAGGCCGCCCAGAGCCACGCUCCCUCCCCAUUCAACCCCAGGAUCAAGGAGUCGAGGGCGGAGGCCAAGGUCGCGAUCCUCUGCGAUCUAGCGGAAGCCGAGGAGCCGGCUCUGAAGGAGGAGCCCGUGGAGGGGGUAGCAGGAAGCGCCGCCAACCACGGAGCAGAUGCUAUCGAGGGGAGUACGCAGGAGAAGAAGGACCCGUCAUUCGGAUCUCUAUCUGAAGGCAAUCCUGGUGGGACGUGUGCCAAUGCUGGGAACCACCAUGAGGAGGAAAGUGCUCCACAUUCUGAGGCAAUGUUGGAAUCGCCACCAGCUGAUGAAAUGUCAGUGUCACCGGCGUCUCAAGAAGAGAAAGAGGAGUCGCCCAAAUCUUUCGAGUUUCUCCCGCCCAGAGACCCUGCGGCAAAAUCAGCGGAUGGUGCUUCGGCCAGCACGCCUAAGAUGCAGAGGCCUCCUCCUCCUCCUACCAUCAAAGUUGCACCUGCGGUUUCAACAUGCGCGAGAUCCACACUGAAGACUGAGGCUCGCACGCCGAAAACGCAGGCGCUGUGCAAAGCAGGUCCUGUGGCUGGCUCGAUGAGCAUCAAGAGGAGCAUGGUCAAGGGUGAUUUGGGGACUGGAAAGGCAGCCGCAGCUGCUGCUGACAUUGUGCAAGAAAACCAGGCAGUGAAGAGGCAGAAGCUCGAUGAUGGAAAGGCCAGACAGAUAUUAAAUGUCAAGACCAGGGUGCUGCCUCAUAAGGGGAGAGCUGAUUUAGCAGGAACCUAUGAAAUGAGGAGGGCCUAUGAGGAUGUGCACUCUAUGAAGGAAGUGACUCCAUAUGUAUCUACAGCAGAAUUGGUUAAGAAGUUUGAAUCAGGGACUAGAAAGCUUAGCAUCAGUAGCAGCAGAUCUGUUUCUCAUGAGGAUGCAUCAUCACAGGGAAGGCCUAAGCUAGUUUUAACAAGACCAAAGGAGCCUGAGCUUCAGACUUCCCACAGAGUCCGGGCAGUCAGAGUGAAGAGCUUUGCUGAGCUAGAGGAGGAAAUGCUGGCCAAGAUCCCCAAGUUCAGGGCACGGCCAUUCAACAAAAAGAUUGCUGAAGCCCCAUCGUUCCCUCCGCUUCCAAGGAAAACUCCACAUUUCCCUGAAUUCAAUGAGUUUCAUCUUAAGACAAUGGAGAGAGCAACACGAUAUGCGGACACCUGUUCAGAAAUUUCUUCUGCUGAUACUAUUCAGAGUCAAAGUAAGCCACUCAAAUUGACACAACCAAACCCACCACGGCUGCAUACAGCAAUGCGUGCUCGGCCGCCAAGUGUGAAAAGUUCUCAGGAACUUGAACUGGAGGAACUGGAGAAGGCCCCCAAGUUCAAGGCCAAGCCACUGAACAAAAAGAUUCUCGAGAGCAAGGGAGACAUUGGUGUGUUUGCCCAUCCAAAGCCUCAAGUGACAGCUCCCAAGGAGUUUCAUUUUUCUACCGAUGUUCGCUUGGGCCCUCCUUCAGUCGCUGAUUUAUUUGAUAAGCUAUCUCUUCACUCUGAUUGUUCUUCAAACAACAACAGGCAAGAUAUGCCCAGACUCACCAGACCAAACCCUUUCAAUCUACACACAGAGGAAAGAGGUCAUUUAAAAGAGAGGCAGCUAGAAGCUCAGCUCCUACAGAAGAAGAUGGAGGAGGAAAAGGCCAGGGUUCACAAAGCUAACCCAUACCCAUACACCACAGACUAUCCGGUGGUGCCGCCAAAACCUGAACCAAAGCCGUGCACGAGACCAGAAGGUUUUCAACUGGAGAGUUUAGUCCGACAUGAACUAGAGCAGCAAAGGCUGAUGGAAGAGAGGGAGAGAAUGGAGCGGGAAGAGGCUCAAAGGAGAAUCAUCAAAGCUCAACCCAUACUGAAAGAGGAUCCUAUACCACUUCCAGAGAAAGAGCGGAAGCCUCUCACUGAAGUUCAACAAUUUGCGUUGCAUGUUGAUGAGAGAGCAGUUCAGAGAUCAGAGUUCGAUAACAUGAUAAAGGAGAAAGAGAAGACUUACAAAAGGCUGAGAGAGGAGAAUGAAUUCGCACAAAAGAUUGAGGAAGAGAAGGCACUGAAGCAGCUGAGGAGAUCCAUGGUGCCCCACGCGCGGCCUCUCCCGAAGUUCGACAGACCGUUCCGGCCGCAGAAAUCGAUGAAGCAGGUGACUCGUCCGAAGUCCCCGCAGCUUCAGGUGGACGAGCGAGGCGCGAGGAGGCAUGCCUUCAUCAGAUGAUCCCCUCCAGCUCUGUUCGUAGUUGUACUUCUGUACACACUGCUUGUUGUUUUCUUCUUUCUUUGACGGCCAAGAUCAUUCCCUAUCUUGCCGUCGAUCUGUUGUCAUGGGCUACUAUGAUUCUUUCUAUGCGGGGUGCUGAUCUUGUCAGUCAACACAGCUGACACUGCUCCUGUAGGGAGGACAAGAUAGGAUCGGUGACUGCCGUUGGGUUUGUAGAUUGUGUGUGUGUGUCUGUGUAUUUAUGAUCUCGAUGAUUACACUUAUUCCCUUUAUGGAUACGUUGCAUUGAUUUUUGUA